AUGCUGAGCAGGGACGACUAUCUGGUGGUCAUCGGUGACAACUUCCCGAAUAAGACAAUCCGCCAAAAUUACCAAAAACGUCCAACUAUCAAUUUUGAUGUGCCGUACGACUACUCUUCCGUCCUGCAGUACUACGACGUGUUUAGCGACACCAAUCCACGCUACAUGCUGACGAAGGACGUGAGGUUCCAGUACCAAAUGGGGUCCUCUGAUGGACACUUGUCGUUCAUGAACCUCAAGCUUGUGAACCGCAUACUCAGCUGCGACAAACUGAACCUGAAGAACUGCGGCAAGGACAAUAAAGACCCAUGCCUGAACCAGGGAUACCUUGGCGCCUCCUGCAAGUGCGUCUGCCCGCCGGGGACCAAAGGGGACAACUGCGAGACACUCGAGAUGAGCUACAACGACGCCCUAAUCAAAAUGAAAAGUCCAGAAACGCAAGACAUCACGGAGCCCAAUACCGUGGUGAAGACCAUUGGUUACCCUAAAGCCGAAGAAAACACAUGGCGACUGUACACCCUGGUGCUGAAGGCGGACAAGUGUAAGCGCGCUGUGCUCACCUUCGAGGACUUCCAGCUUUCAAGACGCUCCACAAAUGGCCGAUGCAUGAGAGAUGCGCUCGAAAUCCGAACUAAAUUCUUCAAGGGAGACUACGAUAACUUCUGCGGUGAGGACAUCAAGAAAGGUCAAGUGUUCAAGAGCGAGGAGAACGAUUUGAUCCUACACGUCAGGUCCGUCAAACCAAAAGAUAACAGAGGCUGGAAGGCUAAUUUCACCAUUGAGGCCAUCAAGAACUGGUAA